AAUGUCUGCUGUGCUGACGUUUUGCUGCUCCUAUCAGCUCUAUCAGCUGUUGUUUUGUUGGGAUUUCUGUAGUCGAUUAAACUUUUAAUUGUUUAGUUUGUCCUGAUUAAGAAAAUUAUAUCUAGUGAAAGUAUUUGAUGUUUAACGGAACUCUUCAAAAUGGGUGAACGCAAAGGCCAGAAUCUAUACUAUCCCCCCGACUACGACCCUAAAGUCGGGGGGUUGAACAAAUUCCUAGGGACCCAUGCCCUUCGCGAGCGGGCCCGGAAACUUCACAUGGGUAUCCUAAUCAUUCGCUUUGAGAUGCCAUACAACAUCUGGUGCGACGGCUGUAACAACCACAUAGGCAUGGGCGUCCGGUAUAAUGCUGAGAAGACCAAGAUAGGAAUGUACUAUACCACUCCGGUUUACCAAUUUCGUAUGAAGUGUCAUCUGUGUGAUAACCAUUUUGAGAUCAAGACAGAUCCAGGGAAUCUCGACUAUGUAAUAGUAUCAGGAGCGAGACGUCAAGAAAACAGAUGGGACCCCACAGAAAAUGGCCAGAUUGUGCCCGAAACAAAGGAGACACAGAAGAAGCUGUUUGAUGAUGCCAUGUUCAGACUGGAACACAGGACUGGUGAUGAACAUGACGCUAAACAGGAUAAACCGAGGCUAGGUAGACUGGUUGGAAGGAACGAGUCAGUCUGGAAAGAUGACUACGAAGCGAACUGCUCACUUCGAAGGAAUUUCAGGAAAAGAAGAAAAGAACUUGAAGAGGCAUCUGUAAAUGACAGCCUUCUCCUUGCCAAAUCAUCCCUUGACAUCAACUUGUUGCCAGAGAGUGAAGAUGACAGGAACAUGGCAACACUACUCUCCCUACGACCCUCAAGAAGUAUAGAAGAGAAGCAGAGUCUAACACGAACAAACAUACUCAACAGUCCAGCUCUACCGAGCUCCAGUGGCCUUAUCACGAGUUUUGGAGGCCUGAAAAAAGAAGAAUAUUUAAAUAAAAACUCACCUUUAACUAGAAACGCUUUAGGGAUAACUGUUAAGAGAAAGAAAGACGAAACUAAUAUCAAAUUUGAUGAAGAUAAUAAAGAUGAAGCGAAAAAUUAUGAAAAAUUCAUAGAUAAGAAAGACGAAGACAGAAAAAUAAUAAGUGAUGGUGCUAAGAGUGAAAAGGACGGAAAAGUUGAAGUAAAAACGAAUGAUUCAACUAUAAAUGAAGAUAGCACGGAGGUGACAACCAAAAUUGAUAAGACAGGUGUUUCGUUAGUUGGCGAUUAUAGUUCUAGCGAAGACAACUCCGAUUGAUAUACGUAUUUAAUAGUAUUUAUAUUACGUAAAAUAAAUUUUAUAAGGUCUAAAAUAUUAGAUUUAUUUUUCAUCGACUUAUUUUCAAUAACCUUCGCUUGGUUUGGCUUUAUCACCUUAUUUUUUUUUUUGUAUUUUUUUCUACUGUCGACAGGACUGGUCAGGUAAUGAAUCACUGAGAUUCAGUAAAUAAAUAAAAAAGAGGGUUCUUUUGAAUAUAACUUUAUUUUUUCAUUUAAAAAACAUUCAUUUUAUCUUCAUUGAUUAACUUGUCUUUUCGAUGUAAGCAAAUGCGUGAAAGGCAGGUGUACAAUAGCCUUAAUUAAUAAUAUUAAAUAUAAAAUCCAGGAUAUAAAAAAUAACGAUUUUUAUCCCCGGCCCUUGAGUCAACUAUUACUUUGACUAUAACAGUUUUUAGUUUUAAAUUCAUACAGUAUUAUAAAUACCAAAGUCUGUUUGUAACGCUUUCACGCUAAACUAAACCGCUGGGCUGAUUUCAUAACACAACGACCCGCGGGUUCAAACAUAGGCUAUCGCGGCCGGAGUGGGAGGCAACAGCUAGUGAAUAAACAUGUAAAAUUACAUAAUGCACACCUGCCUUUAUGAGAGCCGACAUUGAUAAAUACAACUCAAAUUGUUAGCUAUGACCAGCAACUCAAUGGUGGAAUGUUUAACACAUCUAACCACAUGCUCUGUGACGACCCUAAAGGAACUAUAAUACCUAUGUAACAACUAUAUCUCUAGUAUGAGGUAUUGUUGCAUUAAAUUUAUAUAUAUAUACAUAUAUGAUUAAGGUCAUUUUCAUUUAGAAGUGGUGUAAACAAUUCAUAUUUGUACUACCAAACCUCCCAAAGCAAACAUGACCUGUGUGUUCGGGUAUUUGGAUAUUUUCUUACUAGGUACUUGCUUUGAGACAUGCACAAUGAAAUUUUCUACUUUUAUAACGAAUUAAAGUUAUGUUUUCCCUGGCUUUACAUUUACAUUCUUCAUACUAGAGACGCAGUUCAUAUAACACUUGCAAAAUAAUCUCGAUGACUUAACAAGCUUACUCAACUAACAUAUCUUUAGACACCCAUAAUAUGUACGGCAAAUGUAUACGUUUCCUUUACGAAAAUAUCUCAACAUUCAUAAUAUAUAGUUACUAUCUGCGAUAAACA